AUGUCUUGGCUCGCGGGGUACGGCAAAGAAGGCAAAGAAACCAAAGAAAACAACGGGGAGAAUGACAACCUCGGUGUUGAUUGGGUUCUACAGUAUGAAUUUGGGGAUAUUGAUCAAGCGCAAGCGAUCGCCGAGUUCCGAACGUUGAUUUCCGACCUGAGUGAAGCUGGUCUUCGAGUUCAGGUGCGCCACGGACAUGGCUCAGCCUUGUUGGUGUGCAUUAGAGUCCCGCGGGACCACCUGGGGAAUUUGGUACAUCAGUCAAGAAUCAAGGAUUGGUUAUUCGGAAUCACACACACAUUACCGGACGGCGACGAGACAGAAAUCGCGGACGCUGAAACACCGUCCGAGGAGAUCCGCUCGGUGUACCACGCUGUCACCUGGCAAAAGAAACUUGGCGGGGCGGGAAUUACGCCUGGUUUUGGAAAAUGGAAGAAUGUUACGGCGUCAUUCCCGCUGCAUGACCAGGAGGCGUGUGCAGCGAUGCUGCGACAAUGGAACCGAAAAACUAUGUUGACGCCGCAAGAUCUGGAUGCCAUUCGGGCCAUGUUUGGUGAAAAGGUCGCAUUCUAUUACGCCUUCAUUCACUGCUAUUCAUUAUUCCUCGUUGUACCCGCCGGCCUAGGAAUAGUUGGCUGGCUAUAUCUGGGACCAUAUUCGAUCACAUAUGGAGUCGUACUCUGCGCCUGGUGCAUUGUGUUCGUCGAGUAUUGGAAGAUCCGCGAGGCGGAUCUAAGCCAGCGGUGGGAUGUGAAGGGCGUCGGGAUCCUAAAGGUGAAUCGCAAGCAGUAUGUGUGGGAGAAGGAGGUGAAAGAUCCAAUCAGCGGACAAGUAAAGCAGGUCUUCCCAGGAUGGAAGCAAUUUUCACGCCAACUGUUAUUGGUUCCCUUCGCAUCGGUGGCUAGCGUGGCACUGGGAGCCUUGAUUGUCGCUUCCUUCGCUUCGGAAGUCUUCAUCUCCGAGGUAUACGACGGACCAUUCAAAGGAUACCUGGAAUUUUUGCCCACGAUUCUCUUCUCGCUUUCAUUACCUGCCAUCACCUCUUUCUUGACCAAUAUCGCCACACGCCUGACAAACUACGAAAAUUACCGCACCCAGGAUCAAUACGACCUCGCGCAGACUCAGAAGACUUUUGUGAUGAACUUCAUCACGUCGUUCCUCCCAACGAUACUCACCGCUUAUGUCUACGUUCCAUUCGGAAAACAGAUCGUCCCGCAUCUGGAUAUCCUGCGGAUCUUCGGCUGGAAGUCAGAUCUGCUAAGUGGACAGAAAGAGUUUGAAGUUGACACCAGCCGGUUCCAGCAAGAGGUGAUUUAUCUUUCUAUGACAGCCCAAGUACUGAGCUUUGGUGAAGAAAUUGUUCUUCCAUAUGUGAAACAUGUCCUCUGGCAAAAAUGGCAAAAUUACCGCGAACGCAAAGCAGAAUUCGGGCGAAAACGCAGCUUCUCUGUGGCCACUGAUCUGUUGCUAAUCGACCCACCCGACGAGGCGGACUUCAUGGCCCGACUUCGUAGUGAGGCUAGCGCAGACGAGUAUCAUGUUGAGGAAGAUAUCUUGGAGAUGUGUGUCCAGUUCGGCUACCUGGCGCUGUUUGGAGUUGCCUGGCCGUUGGUCCCCCUUGGAUUCCUGCUGAACAAUUGGUUGGAGUUGCGAGGUGACUUCUUCAAGCUUACCUUAGAAUGCCAGCGGCCCCCACCGAUCCGCUCCGACUCCAUCGGACCGUGUUUAUUGGGACUGGAUUUCCUGGCCUGGCUGGGCACUCUGUCCACUGCGGCGAUUGUUCACAUCUAUCGGGGACCAAUGUCCGAAGUACGUCUGUCCUAUCUUCUCCUAACCAUCUUCAUCGCCGAGCAGGCCUACCUCGGAAUGAGGUUCACGGCCAGUGUGGCCCUGGAGAAAAUCUUUUCGGAGACGAUCCGACGGGAAGAGGCCCGUCGAUAUGCCGUCCGGUCGAGUUACUUCGCCGCCAGUCUGGCUCGUAAUUCGACUCCCAGCUCGGGGUCGCAAGGCUCGCCCAAUGGUCGAGUCCGCCAUCGGGUGCGAUUCAACGAGCGGGUCAAUGUAUAUGGUGCAAAUGAAAAAGCACCCUCGCCCGACGGGACACCUUCCCCCACUCGCGAGGAGCCCGAAGAUGAUGUACUUCGAGGGUCCGACCGUGAAGCCCAGUUCUGGAGCGCACAGUCACAAGGCACGGGGGCGGACGCGGGCGUCAAGCUCAUUCGUGCACUUAAGUCUAAAGCGGAGACCAAGUUGUCGAAAGAGGCUUAG